AUGGCCAACAAGACCGUACUCAUCACAGGGAGCAACCGCGGACUCGGACUCGCUUUCGCGAAACACUACACGAUCGCCGGCUGGAACGUCAUCGCAACGACACGAAAGGGCAGCAACUCCGAGCACCUGAGAGCAUUAUCGCCAUUUAAGACGUCACUCCUUGACGUUCAAGACGAAUCCACAGUACUCCAGGCCGCCGAGCAACUCAAGGACACCCCCAUCGACUUGCUCAUCAACAACGCAGGCACCUUCACAGGAGGAAACACCAUGGCUUCAACUGUAAAGAGCGACAUGGUGAAGGAGUUCGAGGUGCACGCGGUUGGGCCUCUUUUGGUCACGCGCGCGUUGCUGCCGAACCUGAAGCUUGCGGCAAAGGCUGGCAACAAACCCGCCUUUGUCGUGCAAAUGUCCACGAUUUACGCCAAUAUUGAAAGUGGUGGCGGCCCGUAUCCCUACUGCACAUCGAAGACUGCACUGCACAUGGUCAACCAUGUUAUGGCUGACGAGCUCAAGCGUGACAACAUCAGCGCGAUUCUGCUCGACCCGGGCAUGGUGUACACC